AUGAAUGCUGGCUUUAAUAAGAUUGCAUGUACUCAGCCACGCCGUAUUGCAUGCUCAUCCCUUGCAAGGCGUGUAAGUUAUGAAACAAUGAAUGAAUAUGGGUCUGAAAUUGCAUAUCAAGUUCGAUUUGAAGGAACGAAAACGAAUAGAACUAGAAUAUUAUUUUUGACUGAAGGCCUUCUUUUGCGACAGUAUGCAUCAGAUAAUCUACUUUCCAUGUAUAAUGUAAUUGUGGUAGAUGAGGUUCAUGAGCGUCAUAUGAUGGGUGAUUUCUUAUUGGCACUUUUAAAAAAGACAUUGGCAGAAAGAAAGGAUCUCUAUGUUGUCUUGAUGAGUGCUACAAUUAAUGCUGAACUUUUUGCGCAAUAUUUUGAUGCACCAACACUUAUUAUACCUGGUAAAAUGUAUAGUGUCAAGAUUCAUUAUUGGCCACAAGAAGAAGAAGAUAAAAAUCUUGUAGAUGAAGCAGCAUAUCGAAAACGACAAUCAGAGACUGUUAAGGUACUGUUGCUAUUUUAA